AUGUCCACCAGCUUUGUCAAUGAAGGCUCAGGUGAAACCAAUCAAAAAGAGACAUCGACCUGUGACAUUUGCCAAUUUGGGGCAGAGUGUGAUGAAGAUGCAGAGGAUGUUUGGUGUGUUUGCAACAUUGACUGUUCUCAAACCAACUUCAAUCCUCUUUGUGCUUCCGAUGGGAAAUCUUAUGAUAAUGCAUGUCAAAUCAAAGAGGCAUCAUGCCAGAAACAGGAGAAAAUUGAAGUCAUGUCUUUGGGUCGAUGUCAAGAUAACACCACAACAACUACAAAAUCAGAAGAUGGGCAUUAUGCAAGGACAGAUUAUGCAGAGAAUGCAAAUAAACUGGAAGAAAGUGCAAGAGGGAUCUACAUCCCUUGUCCAGAGCAUUACAAUGGCUUCUGCAUGCAUGGCAAGUGUGAGCACUCCACGAACAUGCUGGAACCGUCUUGCAGAUGUGAUGCCGGCUAUACUGGACAACACUGUGAAAAAAAGGACUACAGCGUUUUAUAUGUGGUUCCAGGUCCAGUACGAUUUCAGUAUGUCUUAAUAGCAGCUGUGAUUGGAACCAUCCAGAUUGCUAUCAUCUGUGUUGUAGUCCUCUGUAUUACAAGGAAAUGUCCCAGGAGCAACAGAAUCCACAGACAGAAGCAAAACACAGGGCACUACAGUUCAGACAACACAACAAGAGCAUCGACAAGUUCUAGUGGCAAUUUUGAGUCUACUGAACUCAGUAGUAGGGUUUUGAGUUGGUCCAAGAUCAGCGACAAUUAUGGAUGUGGGAAAGGUGAAGAAUAAUUUAACCUACAUUGAGGAGGGAUAAAAUAUUUCAGAUCCGGAGUCAACUACAUUUCAUCAGCCUUCUUCUCCCAUACCAUCUAUCUUUACUCUCCCAUAGCUUAGGAAGUCUUUGGCUUCUAAAUUAAAUCCUAACCGAAGGGGAAAUGGAAAUUCUCGGCAACCGCGAUGAGAGUGUCGGGGGUAAUGCUUCGAUUUGGGAGGGAAUUAGGUGUCUGUCAAGGUGAACCCUACAAGAACACUUUGCAGAAUCUCCAACUCUGGUCACUGGAGUGAGUGAAAAUUGCUUCUCACUCUUGAUUGAAAAUUAUUAGGUUAAAAAAGUUAAUAACAUAAUAACAGCUGAAAUGCCAGUCCCAUUUGUACCUCGUGAACAUGCUGAUAUAAUUUAUUUUUUCAAAGAGAAGGUGAAAACCACUCAGAAAAUACCUUAUGAAUAACUUUAUAGGUGACCCUACUCCAUUAAAUGUAAUGAACCCAAAUGUUGGCUAUACCUCAGGAAAAUAAGGGCAUGUAUUUUGUCACAUCCACAUGAUGGACAAAAUGCAAAGUUAUUUCCAUGAUAGCUGAAACUCUCCAAAAACACGUUCUUUCGAGAAGGUAAUUCUGCUCUACUUUGUGCUAUGAAUUUUGAAGACAGGAGAGUGAGACUGAAGGGCAGAGUGUGGUAACGUCACUCCUGCUGGAUAACAUCCACUCCACUAAUUGACUGCCAGAGCAGUAGUCACACUAAAUAGCACAACUGAACUAAAAAGCCCUUGUAACCGUAGUCAGUGUGCUGCUCCUUUCCAAAGAUACUUUGCCAAGGCAGAAUGUACCCAAGAUAAGGGUUAGGAGUAUUUCUCACUGUCAUCAUCAUGUAAGAAAUUGCAUUUGGGUCAGAGUCAGAUCUGGGGUUACCUGGGAUGAUGGUCUCAUGAGUGUGUUUCCAUUUCCUGCUUCAGCAUCAGUCUGGUCACUCACAACAGUCACCACCAACCCCACCGGUGACAGCCCACCCCAUCUGGCCUCCAGACAUGGGUGCAGCGGUACUUCCACUCUAACAUGACUUUUGGUCUUCCCCUCCCUCCCCUAGCCUGCUUUAAAGUGAAUCCAUUGCAUGAUGUUCACACGGUCUCAGUUUUUGUCUUGUUCUGGGUUUCUUGGCUUUUUAAAGGUAAUAAAAGGUGAUUGGCAAGAGAUGCUUCCA